ACAACUUAUAUGUGUUCCUCCCUGCUUUGUGUGUGAGAGAGGAAGAAAUAAAAAUAAAUUAUUAAAUACUUAAAUAAACAUAGAAAUAAAAUAUAAAUAAAAUUAUUUAUUUUUAUAUAUUAUAUGUACAGAGGGAGAAAGAGUGAAAGAUAUAUAUAAAAAUAUCUGCACAGCGGGAAAAAGGUAGCAUUAGAAUUGCGGUGGAUUAUUAGUUGAAUCUAGAACAAGUGUGUGUGUGUGUGUGUGAUGGUGAUGGAAAGCUGUAGUAGUAGAAGUGUGGAAUCAUCGCCGUCGCGGACGACGGCGGCGAAUAGCAGUAACAGUCACCGGCAACAGAUGAAGAAGUUACAAGUUUACAAUGAAGUUCUUCACCGACUUAAAGAGAUUAAUAAUGAAGAAGCUAAUGAAGCUGGUUUUGAUGAUCAACUUUUGGCUCAUUUCAAUCGCCUGCCUACAAGGUAUGCACUUGAUGUAAAUGUGGAAAGGGCUGAAGAUGUACUCAUGCACAAACGUUUACUGCAUUUAGCGCACGAUCCUGCUAACAGGCCUGCAUUUGAUGUCCGGCUAGUACAGGUUUCUCCAACAACUGAUGUUAGUUCGGAUGAUUUAACUUAUUCUAGCUCUCCUAGACACCAAACUUCCAAUAGCAUUCAUCCACCACCAGCCUUCGGUUCAUCACCUAACCUUGAAGCCCUUGCACUUGAAGCUAAUGAGUCUCAAGUUCGGAAUGGUGAUAGUGCUGUAAAUAGCUACUCAACUAUGCGCAGGCCCAUGCAUGAGAUUACCUUUUCAACAGAAGACAAACCAAAGCUGUUGAGCCAGUUAACUGCCUUGCUAGCAGAAGUGGGACUGAACAUUCAGGAAGCCCAUGCAUUUUCCACCGUAGAUCGCUACUCACUAGAUGUCUUUGUUGUUGAUGGUUGGCCAUAUGAGGAAACCGAGCAGCUUCGAACAGCGUUGGAAAGAGAACUUUGUAAUCUUGAGAAACAAUCUUGGCUAAUCCAACAUUCAUCCUCUACAUUAAGUGAGCUAGAUCAAGCAAGCACACCUUGCCAACCUAGUCACCUGACAAUACCUAAUGACGGGACUGAUGUAUGGGAAAUUGAUUCUCGGUUUCUGAUUCUUGACCGUAAAGUUGCAUCUGGAUCAUAUGGUGAUUUAUAUAAAGGUACGUAUCGUAGUCAAGAAGUGGCUAUCAAGAUUCUUAAAACCGAGCGUGUAAACUCAGAUUUGCAGAAAGAGUUUGCUCAAGAAGUUUACAUCUUAAGGAAAGUCAGGCAUAAAAACGUUGUGCAGUUCAUAGGAGCAUGUACCAAACCUCCAAGCUUGUGCAUUGUGACUGAGUUCAUGAGCGGUGGAAGUGUCUAUGACUAUCUGCACAAACAAAAGGGUACAUUUAAGCUUCCUAUGUUACUCAAAGUAUCAAUAGAUAUAUCAAAGGGUAUGAACUACCUGCACCAGAAUAACAUAAUACACCGGGACCUCAAGGCUGCAAAUCUUCUGAUGGAUGAACACGAAGUUGUUAAGGUAGCUGAUUUUGGUGUUGCAAGAGUGAAGGCUCAGACUGGUGUCAUGACAGCAGAAACGGGGACAUACCGAUGGAUGGCUCCUGAGGUCAUUGAACACAAGCCCUAUGAUCACAAGGCCGAUGUUUUCAGUUUUGGGAUUGUAUUAUGGGAGUUGCUUACUGGAAAGCUUCCAUAUGAGUAUUUAACCCCGCUACAGGCAGCUGUUGGUGUGGUUCAAAAGGGGUUACGACCUACAAUUCCAAAGAAUACUCCUCCAAAGCUUGCUGAUUUGCUUGAGAAAUGUUGGCAACAAGACCCAAGUUUGAGACCGGACUUUACAGAAAUUAUUGAGAUUCUAAAGCAGAUAUCUAAGGAGGUUGCAGAAGAAGUAGAUGACCGGAAAAAGGACAAGGACAAAGGAUUCCUAUCUGUGCUUAGACGGGGACAUCAAUGAAACCGAAACACAAAUGAGUUAAUUAAUUUAUAAAAUUUUCUAUACUUCAUUUCUAACAACCACAGUCGCCUUAUGAGAGUGUCUUGUACUUUAUGCAUUACACUCGUAUAUUAUAUUCAAGUGAACUGAAUAAGACAAAGGCGGUCUUGCAAAA